GGCAAGUGUUUUCACCUCUUUAGUCUUUGCUCCGCGUAGUGCCGGCCCAAACAUCGCCAAGAGUAGCAACCUCGCGACUUCGUUCUCUUCGAUCGGCUCACGAUCGCACCGGAAACGCGAUCCUUCCUCCCGCGAACCAUGUCGUUUCUUCCGACCUUUCUUUUCGUUUGUUUCCUCGUGACGAUCGCGACGACGUACGCGAAACCGACCAUCUACAAAAGAAACCAUGACAACGUGUUCGAGCCAGUGAUGAUACCAGUCUCGUCCACGGUGAUUCCUCUCCCCGUCUACAAAAUGGAAUAUGGUUUGGGAUUUAUAUCGAAAGAUAAGAAGGCUCAGUCGUCCUUGAAGCCGGAGGGUGGAAUAAAAUUGAUAACGAUUAAGAAGAGCCAGGAGAAGAAAACAUAAAGGUACAAAAUAUACGUACUAGUUCCAGAUUGACUUUAUUCGUAUCGUAGUCUGUCAUCGAUGAAGCGGUAUAUAUUCAUUAACAUCGUACGGUGAUACAUUAUAUAUAUAUAUAUAUAUAUUCAGAAAUAUAUAUAUAUAUAUAUAUAUAUAUAUAUAUAAUGUCGAAGUUAUAGAUCAUAAGCAAAUCUCGGAUUUACAUUAAAUGUACGACAGAUUUCAAAAGUUGAGUUUCACGCAGUAACAGAGAGUUUACGCCAAAAACUAAUUUACCUCGACGAUUAAUGUUAGAGUUAAUUACCUCUGUCGUUAUGAAUUUAUUAAUAAUCGUAAGAAAAAUCAAACGCUGUAAAACCAAACUGUAGCGAGUAUGAAGAGAGAAUUUGUUAAGUUUUUAUAUUUAAUUUGAACUAUAGCACGUCGUUUCUGCUAUUAUAAUGUUUAUAUAUUACGUUUACGUAUAUCUUCCAGACAGAUAUUUAAGAAAUAUUGAAAGGAAUUAAUAAGUAGAAAACUAUAAACUUUUAUUGAACAACA